AUGGCGGCAGGGGCUGAGUCGAUGGAGGUGGACGCCACCAAGGCGCCACCAGCGGCGGCCUCGGACAUCCCAAAAGCAGAGCUGGCUCCCGGGCUGGAGAUCAGCCGGAUUGUGAAGGGGUGCUGGCAGCUGAGCGGCGGGCACGUGGGCGAGCGCGCCACAGACCGCACCUCAGGACAGGCCGCCAUCGACGACUUCCAGGCCUUUGUGGCGGCGGGCAUCACCACCUUUGACACAGCAGACAUCUACGGCCCCUCGGAGGCCCUCAUCGGCCGCUACCUGGCCUCCCACCCAACCGAGAAGCCGGCAGUACAGGUCCUCACCAAGUUCUGCUGCUUUGGCGACUCGAUGAACGCGGCCAAGGAGCUGCGCUUUAGCAUCGACGCCAGCCGGCAGCGGCUGGGGGUGGAGAGCCUGGACCUGGUGCAGUUCUACUGGCAUACCUACUCCAACAAGAGCUACGUGGCGGCAGCACUGAACCUGGCGGCACUGCAGAAGAAGGGCAAGGUGAAGCACGUGGGAGCCACCAAUUUUGAUGUGCCGCGCCUCAAGGAGAUGAGCGAGGCCGGGGUGAAGAUAGUGAACAACCAGGUGCAGUACAGCCUGCUAGACCGGCGCCCCGAAAACGGCAUGGCAGCCUACUGCGCUGAGCAGGGCAUCAAGCUGCUGCCGUAUGGCGUGCUGGCGGGCGGGAUACUGUCAGACAAAUACCUGGGAGCCUCACCUGAUGACCUCAAGAUCAACACCUACUCCAAGUCCAAGUAUGCCAGUGUGAUCGGCCAGGCGGGAGGCUGGGACUGGUUCCAGGCAAGCCGUGGGUGUGGUGGCGGUGUGACGCUGCUGCAAGCCUUGUCUGAGGUGGGCAAGAAGCAUGGGGUGAGCAUCGCUGACGUGGCGGCGCGGUGGGUGCUGGAGCGGCCCCAGGUGGCGGGCGUGAUUGUGGGGGCGCGCAACACCAGCCACGUGGACGACCUCAAGAAGGUCUUCACCUUCCAGCUGGACGACGCCGACAAGGCGGCCAUCGACGCAGUGCUGGCGGCGGGCAAGCAGGCGGAGGGAGAUUGCUAUUCGUGGGAACGCGGGGGCAAGUGGUGA